GACCGGAGCUGGCCAAUCAGCGGCGAGAUCCAUCACCGCUUGUUGUCCCCGCCGCCAUAUUGAAGAUUGCAGUCGCCAUUGACUCGGUGAAACUCACGGCUAAAUGUAGUAGGACUACGCUGUUUUUUCCGGUGAUUUCGGCACAUUUCCCGUGUGCAUGUUGGAUCCGAGUGUAGCAAGAUGCAUUCUCUACAAUGACGCAUCCCAAUCAUCAAACGAACGGCGCCAGUUUGGAGGAUUGUCACACCAAUUUCUUCGCACUGACCGACCUAUGCGGCAUUAAAUGGCGUAAGCUGUUAUACACGGAGGGCGGCCAGUUUGGAGGGUCAUCGGAGCCGCUGGACGACCCUGUGCUGUCCUCCUUCUCAAAAUGUCUGGCUGCGGACAUUCUGUGCGUGUGGCGGCGCGUGCAGCCACCGCAGCCGCAGCCCUCGGCGUCCAUGGCCAACAACCCGUUCAACCUGAUGGACCCGAUGCAUGCGGUGGCGAUGGGCGGUGGCUUCCACCAGAUGGGCCAGCGCCAGCCGCCGAUGAUGCCCCAGACCACCCCCAAUGCGCACCAGCCAGCAGACUCAAAUUCGAGUCUCACCCUGAACUCGAGCAAAGAGCUCUGGAUUUUCUGGUAUGGCGAAGAGCCUGACCUCUCCAACCUGGUCGCCUCUGAUCAGCUAGUUGCUGACAAUGAGCAGGGGUCUUGGGAAAGUGGUCUCUCCUACGAAUGUCGGUCACUGUUGUUCAAGGCUCUGCAUAACCUAAUAGAAAGGUGUUUGUUGUCCCACGAUUUUGUUCGUCUCGGCAAGUGGUUUGUGCAAACACACAGUGACAGUGAAAAGAUCAGUGAUAAAAGCAAUCACCUGUCAAUAUCCUUCCAAUUUUUUGUACACGGUGAAAGUACUGUCUGUGUGAGCAUUGACGUCCGCCAACACCCUCCUGUCCGUUCACUCACCAGACAACACAUUUUGGCAGCCCAGGCUUCAGCUUCUGGAUUACAAGUGAUUUUAGCUCCAUUCUGCAUGUCCGGCACCCUAACUGGGCAAACUUAUAAGACGAGCGAUGUCCUCACGCGCAAGAUGAUCGACGAGUGGCGCCAGUUCUACCCAAUCAACUCCAAGUACCUCAAUCGAGAUCCAAAUGACAACCAGCCGCUGCCGCUCGCAGUGGAAGUGAUAGUCAGCGGGGUCAAGAUGCGCUAUCCAACCUGCUUUGUCCUGGCCACGGACAUGGACGACGUCGGCCUGGUGGUGGCUGCUUUGACCCCGCUGCUGCAGGGUGUGCAACUAUCGGCCGUGGGAGGGGCAAUCACACGCGCCACCCCACCCGGUAACUCGCCCAAAUCGGCGCAGCAGUCGGCUAAAUGUCUAAAAUCAGACACGCCGUGUUGCUCCGCAGGAGCUGCAGUCGCGGCCCCUGAGCCGCCCCCACCGCCCUUGGAAACACACCCGGCGGCUAAGCCGGCAGCACUGCACUCGAGCCCUGUGCAGCAGCUGCUGGCAGACCCCGCCAUCGCGCUCUCGCUGCCCAGUCGGCAGCCACUGAACCUGUCCGAGCGUGUCUGGCAGGAUAACACGCAGAGCCAGACCCACAUGUUGGCCUCGACAAAUGGCCAUCAGGGUCCCUCGGAGCAGUCAGAGCCGGACUUGGACGCAUUAUUCCAGUGGGACUUUCAGGAACCCUCCAAGAAGGCCACUUGCUCCUGCUCCAAGUGUAAAAAAGUAAAUCAAUCCAAUAAAAGUGGUGGAUUGAACACUAGUAACUCAGGCUUGAAAACCAAGGGUGAGAAAAGUGAGAAAAGCCGGGGGUGGCGAGGUGGGUGCGCAAACAUCACUCCAUACCACCAUCGACACCCCCAAUUCUGGGAAAACGACUGGCUGGCGGAGCUCGAACCAACGCCCGCUACCAGAGCAUCUGAACCGACUACACCAGCAGGAGGACCACCUUCUUACAGGGUUAACCAAGCAAUGACCCCUGGCAUGCAGCAGUGUGCUGGUGACCUGCCUGUACCUUCUGUUGGCUCACCGCAGUCAGCAGCACCAUCGCCGCUCCACAAUCCUCACUCUCAGCCUGCGUCCGUAACAGCCACAGAUCCCACCAUGCCAACACUGAGCCCGCACCCACCGUCUUCGAACCAACCAAGCGGCGCGCAGCCUGCCACUCCUUUGGAAUCUCACGAUAAAGUGACCCCGGCCGCCACACCUUCUGAUAUUAACGGACCCAAGUCUGUGUCCUCAGUUUCCAACCAGGUCUUCUCGCCAUACCCCACAAACUCGAGCGUGGAGCCUUCAAAGCCAGUAGACAGCCUGGGUCCAGCGAGUGCCAGCUCUGGGCACACGCCCUCGAUGCCGACACCUUCCUCCACUCUCAACUCUUUCCUCAAGAGACCAAUACUCAGCUCCAAAGACUACGAGUCUGUCCUACAGGAGGAUGACCAACUUUCUGACCUGCUUUACGACUACUCCACCAUGAAUGCUUGGUUGAACCAUCCUGUUAAGAGAUUCAAGCCCACCGAAAAGGUCGAGAAAACGAGACCAUUCCCAGAGGCUUUCGCGCCUGCGCCUCAGCCUGGAGCGGUCAACCCUGAAGCUGGGGCGCCUCCAGUCAUCAAGCAGGAGGUUGUCACAGGGGACGACGACAAAAGACUGGGAGUGGCUCAGUUUGACGAUGCUGCAGCUAAUACCAAAACGCCAGUCAGUUUGUUUACUAGUCGUGGUUUGGAAGCAUCCUACAGUGAUCUAGAGCAAAUAUUUGAUAACUCGGAUGAUACAUCCAGCGAUGAAACGCCCCAAGUCACAACACCUCCGGGCUCUAACAAACCGCCAGGAGAUGAUCACAGCAUCACUUUGGUGAAGCCGCCAAGAGGCAGCGGCGGCAGCACCAUUGGCUGUGGAACAGGCAUGCUCAAAGUGGAGGAGUUGACCAAAAUGUAUCCCACCCCGCCAAGUCUGGAACACAACCCAAUCGCAUCGCCGUGUGGCCAACCUGACGCUUUGAUGCUCGAGUCUUCAGAGGCGGCGCUUGUGCCAAGAAUUAAGCAGGAAAUAUACCACAAUUUAGGCAGUCCCACUGAAGAGAAUAUUGAUGACUGGUCCUAUGUCUACAAACCAAUGGCUAUGUACAAAAUGGUAGGGUCGUCUAAGUACGCGCCCCUGACCAACCUUCCGAGUCAACUGCUGGCUGCACUGACACCCCCUCCUAAGUACAAACCCUCGUGGCAAUACUCGAUCCAGAUGCAGGACAAGCCCGCCGGCCCACAGCCUAACCAUAUGCCUUCCGGUCCAAUGUCGGGUGCAGGCCCUAUCGCCAUGCCCCACCGGCCACCAUCGAGGCCCGUUUCGGGCAUUUCUCCGAUAUCACCAGCAGCGGCCAUGCGGUCGCCAAUGGGCCCUUACGGUCGCAUGGAGGCUAGCCCAAUGGCGAUGGCCCCGGGUGUAAUUGGCGCUCACCACCGGCCCGCACUGCCACCACCGUAUGAACUGGCAAGCCCAGCGUCCAACCCCGCCUCCUACCUGAACAAGAGUGUCAACUCUGUGGAGCCAGGACCUCUCUCGGCCGCUGUGAUCGCGGCUAGAGCUCCAGAGGCCAAUUCCUUAGUAGUCAAUAUUCUGCUUACUGACUCGAGUUUGCACGUCUUCAGAGACCACAACUUUGACAGUUGCACAAUGUGCGUUUGCAACGCUGGUGGAAAGGUGGUAGGCAACAUCCGGGGCGCAGACUACUGUCUGCCUGAAGCCGGAGGCGGCAUGGGCUCCUCUGACGAAGAUCAAAUACGCUGCAAUUGCGGUUUCAGUGCCGUUGUGAAUCGCAGACUCUCGCACAAGGCCGGCCUGUUCUACGAGGACGAGGUUGAGAUCACUGGCCCGCUUCACGUUGACGAGAACAUUGACCGAAAACGAAAGGGACUCUCGUUGGUCAGCGCGGCAGGCAAGUGCAGAGGCAAUGAGCUGGAGUUCGCCCCCAGCGUGAACGGAAGCGCUUCCAAGCAGCAGCCUUCUCCCACCGACCUGAGCAGCUCGAUCCUGGACCUGGUACCUCAGUUAGUACUAGAGCUGAUCAGGGACCAAUGUGUCUUCAUGAAGAGUUCAGUCAACUCUUUGGUGCGCACCGCUUCCAGACGUUGCAAGCCCAGUGAUAGUUGGAUGUGGACGUUAAACAAAUUAGAGUUCAGUGACGGUAACGAGGUGACUCUGAUGGCCCUUGAUCAGGGCAGACAGUCGGCUGCCGAGGCGAUGCAAAUCUGCAAACUCAACCCCGACGAGUUCAGGAUCAGGGGUGGCCACGCACCGCUCCAUAGGUGGCAAUACCUCAGAGCUGGAGGGCCAAACUGCAACCAGGACAUAAUCAGGAUCAUGCGCAACCUGCAGCCUCUACUGCAAGAUGCCGUGCAAAAGAAGUGCACCACUAGGUUAUGGGAAGCGCCCUACACUGUCUCAGGACCCCUCACUUGGCGUCAAUUCCAUCGUUUAGCAGGCAGAGGCACUGACGACAGAUGCGAACCGCAACCUAUCCCAUCCAUUUUGGUGGGUCGCGACAACGAUUGGGUCUCCUUAUCUCCCUAUGCUAUCCAGUACUGGGAGAACCUCUUGCUGGAACCAUACUCAUACACAAGAGAUGUAGCUUUCAUUGUGAUCGCACCUGAGAAUGAUCAUGUCUUGGAACAAACGAAAGCCUUCUUUAAAGAACUGAGUGCCAUUUACGAGCUGUGCCGUUUAGGUAGACACUGUCCCAUCAACAAACAAGUGCGUGAUGGAAUUCUAAAGGUGGGCAAAAGCGCAGCCAGCAAAUUGGUCCGAGAGCCUGUCGACGAAUGGUUCUCGACCCUUUCAGACAGCAGCACCACUUCUAUGCUCAAACUAUAUGCUCAAGUUUGCCGACAUUAUCUUAUUCCAAUUCUUUCAAAUCUUACAUUGGACAAAACUUUGUUCAAUGAACACACGCAGAUGAAGCAAAACAUAGAAAUGCCCACUCCGUCACCAAUGCCUCCCCCUUCAACCCCGGAAAGUGUCAGCCAAGGAUCCACUGCAGAUCGCCAGCCUACUACACCAAAGGCUGACCAUGCGGACGGAGACGGAUAUCAUCGGGACAGUGGGAACGGACCCUCUUUGGAAAGUCACACUGAUGAUGACGAAAUGGAGCCUCCGGCUAUCGUCAUCUACAUUGUGGACCCCUUCAGCUUUGGCUCGGAAGAUGAAGACAAUGAGCGGCUGGCAUGCCUUGGCCUGCUACGCUGCUUCUCUGACGUCCUCAACCGCGCGCCAGAGCACAUUCGCGCCCACCUCAACGUCCAAAUUGUGUCCCUUGAGUCAAUAGUCGAGCUGACUACAGCCAAGCGGGAGAAGCACAUUGACACCAUCAGAGCGCAGGCGCUCUCUGUCUAUUUGCAGUGCCGUAGACUGAUCAGUCACAUUUCCAACGUCAAGUCCCUGACCGGAUUUGGCCCAGCGGCAAACGCUGAUCUCUUCCUCAAGGAAAAAGACGACAAAAACCGCGCGCCGUAUCGAAUAUUCAUGCCUCCAUACGUAUUAGGUCAGACCAAGGACAAAUCUGAAUCAAAUAGUGAGAGACAGCAGGAAAAAACGUCGGUCAUGUACUGUAACUAUUGCCUGUCGGAAGACCAAAGGUUCCUAUUGGCCGCUUGUACUGAUGAAAAAGGAGCGAUGUUUGAGACUGUUUGCAUUAAUAUUGAAAUUCCACAUAGAACUAGAAGAAAAAGGUCUGCGGCAAGAAGAGUAGGGCUUCAAAAGCUGAUGGACUUCAUUCUUGGAAUCAUGUCCAGGACUGUCCAACCUUGGAGACUAGUAGUAGGACGAGUUGGCAGGAUAGGACAUGGAGAGCUUAAAGGCUGGAGUUGGCUGCUAAGCAGAAAAUCUCUGGUGAAGGCAUCAAAGCACUUGAAGGAAAUCUGCAAUCAGUGCUCGCUACAGUCGCAGACCGAGAUCCCUUGCAUACUUAGUGCCUGCCUUGUGUCAAUGGAGCCCGACUCAGCGUUGCGACUGAUGCCUGAUCAGUUCACACCGGACGAGCGCUUCAGCCAGGCGUCAGUCAAGUGCAGCCUAUCAACGCCGCAGGACGUGAGCGCGACGCACAUUCUUGUGUUCCCCACCUCGGCAACCACGCAGUCGUCGCAGUCGGCAUUCCAGGAGCAACACAUCAACGACCCAGAGCUUGGCGAUGAGGAGCUCUUCAGCGCACUUAACGACGACAACGUCAUGGAUGGGAUAGACGGCGAUUUCGGCGACAUCUUUAGUGCCUGGCCCGAACCGGGGCAGGGUGCUCAGAGCCCAACCGGCAGUCCUAAAAGAGACUCGCUGUCCCAAGCGGGCAGUCCAGGCGUCCUCGGUGGCCCUGGCCAACAAAGUCCGUAUCCCUGCAACACCAACAGCAUGAGCUCUGGCGGCGUUGUUUUGGAGGUUCAAGAAGAGGUUGGAGUCGUGUUGCAACAACCACUCGCCCUUGGCUACUACGUCUCAACUGCAAAAACGGGCAAAAUGCCGCAUUGGUUCUGGGCUUCAUGUCCCCACCUCGAGGACAUGAACCCGACCUUCCUGAAAAACGCCCUCCACCUGCACAGUCACUCGAUACAAAAUUCAGAUGACCUCCUCCAGCAACAAAAUCCAGCUUCUGAGCACCCUCUGGAUUCCUCCUACACAACCGACGUAUUGAGGUAUGUGAUGGAAGGCUACAAUGCUCUCUCGUGGCUUGCACUGGACCACAACUCAAAAGACCGACUGUCAUGCCUGCCUGUUCAUGUGCAAGUGCUAAUGCAGAUGUACCACAUGUUUUCUGCUCUCGUCUAAAAGCGGGCGCAAGUGUUGUUUAACAACUACUCAAAUAAGGAAAACUUGUUGCAUAAUUAUAAUUACUAUUGCUAUAUUAUAUAGAGACUAAAGCAGAAGCAAAGAAAGAUGCUAUUUCUCAGAUAGGAAUUGGAAAAAGUUGUGAAGAGCCGGCAACCACUACUUUCUACAUGAGGUCGACAGUCAAUAAACACAAUUUACAUUCACACCUUUUUAACUAAAACUCGAUUUGGUGGUGCGUGCCCUAUCACUUUUGUUUAGGAUUAAGUGGAUCUUCGGCUCUCAAAUUCACUCACACCCACGUUGGAAUGUAUAAAUGUGCAGCACACUUUUUAAUGGGCUAGAAAGCAAUUUUUACUAAAAAAGAUGAAAACAAAUGGAAAAAUACCAAGUAACAAUUUUGUAGGAUAACUCGAUGCAAAAGAGAACAGUAAAAUCCUCUGAAAAGAAGUAGCUCGGACCAAUUGAGUAUUCUUAAAGUUUAAACAUUAAAGUGCUGGGACAUUAAAUCUAGGUGUACAUUGUAUAUACUAUUUGCAUAUUAAUGCUUGUUGAUGACGAUGAUCAACCCCUCAUGAAAUGAAGAAGAGAAACAGAGCAAGUCAAGUGUAAAUACAAGAAAGUCAUCUUGCAUUGUUAUUCAUUAAUUAUUUUUAAAUAUUGUUUCUUGUAAAUCUUGUACAGUCUCAUUUAUUUCCCUCCCGCUUGUCCCUAAUGAGCACGACGCGGCCAGCGGCCCACCGGCAAAAGCGCCUCGGCCCACACCUGCCUCGCUUCCAUCACUUCAUGGGUACAAAAUUUAUCAAUUGUUAACAUUUAAUUAAUUAUAAGAGGGAGCGAGUUGUAAGUGCAGGAGCGGUGGCGAGCACGUGCCUUGCUCGAGCGAUCGGCCGACUCAUCAUUGCCUGUCUUUUUAAAAAAAAAAUUGUUAGUUAUCCAUUUUAUCAUUUUCUAUGAAAGUGAGUCCCUUUUCCUCCCUCCUUCUGUGGUUGAUUGAUUGUACACUUAUUACAGAGAUGCUCUUACACAACAAAGUGAGUUGAAAAUGCCGACGUCAUAUGAUUGCAGUGAAUUUUAACAAAGCAUUAGGAAUAAAACUAUUUAAUUGUACUAUAUAUUUAAUUUCAUUCGUUUUGGGUUUGGAACCUUUCUUGUCUUUCUCGACUCCUUUUUAUGAUGCCCCAGUCACUCAAUCUGAAGUCACUUUGUUGUGCAUUUUGGCAUGGUCCGCAUCGCUCUUAUUGAUUGAUUCAUAACACGCUUUCAAUAGAGGCAAACUCAAAUUUGAGGGCCUCUUAAAAUUUUGAUUAUUUAAAUUAAUUGUUGGUGUGGGAGGAUAUUUAAUUUUUAAAUCAUUGUACGUGACUUGUACUCAUCGACUCUCACAUUCACUUUUAUUUGCAUUCAUUCAUUCUUGUAUAUCGUCCGAGCUGAUGAUUUCCUACAUUAUCAUUGAUGCUGACAAGGUUUAUUUUCUCGGGGUCAAGACUUCACCAAAUGGACUAUUAGUAACUUAUUUUAAUUAUUUACAGAAAUGUUUUUCACUCCGUAGGCGUACAUAUAUUUGUCCCUCAAAAUGGUUAUUGUGUUAAUUGUUAUUUCUACCAUGUAGCAAUAUAGCAUUGACAAAUCAAA